AUGCUCAUAAUUCUUUAACUUUUGGUUUAUAUAGUCUAAUCUGAACUUAUUUAGAUUCUAACCAAACAAGAAGCAAUCUUAGAUGUCAUUAGUACAUCUGGAGUAAUCUUAGAAUAAUAAUUGACUGAUUCUUAAUUAUGUCAUAUCGUUCCAUAAUAAUUAGUGGCCCAUGAUAUAGAUGAUAAUUCAAUAACCUUAAUUGAUAGUUAUAAAGAUGAAAUAUUUAGUUAGAAUUUUGAAAUAGGAUCUUUUAUAGGGAAAAUAGGAAAAAUUAUAAAAUUUGUAUAAAUCACUAAUGGUGUACUGGUCUUACAAGAUGAUGGUUACAUAAAAUAUUUAAAUUAUCAAAAUAACUCAUUUCAAUUGAAAUCUAACUUUAAAUUAGAAAUAGAGAAAUUUGCAUUAGAAGGUAAAGUAUUUUUGGAAUAUUUCUAUUAUCAAUCAUAAGUGUUAUUAAUAGCUAAUACUUAAACUAUAGCAUUAGAUUUAAUUUAUGAUGAAGAUGAUCUGUAUAUUAAGUAAUAUAAAAUUUAUGAGUAAUGGUAAAUCUCACAUAUUAAUAGCAUUGCUACAGUUGGUAAUAUAAUGAUUGUGGCAAUGGAUACUGGUAUAAAAAUGUUUGAAUUUAAAGAUCAUAUGUUAAAUGAAAUAUUGAUAGAAAUCAAAUAAAUUAAUCGUAUAUCUGAUAUUAAGAUAUUUAAUAAAAAGAAUAAUGAACUAUAUUACAUUUAUUUAUUAGAUAAAAUUUAAGGACUUAAUCAAUAUAUAUUUAAUACAGUGACAUAAGAACUUUAACAUAACACUAAAUUAGGUAUUAUUCCAUAUCCAGGAGAAAUCCUAGAUAUAUAUAAUGAUAUCUUAAUGAUAGUGAAGGAUGAAUAUUUAUAUGAAAUACAUAUAGAUUAUAAUAAAAAUUAAUUUACACUUAUUAAAUAGCAUUAUUUGGAAACAGAAAUAAUUGAUAUAGAAUUGACUGAAUAAUUUGUAAUUGUAAUUGGUAGAAAUGGUCAUUAAAUAAUAUUUCAUUCAAUUCCAUCAACAUAUUCUUAAUUUGAAUGGAUGAAUCAAUUAGUAAUACCUAAUUUAAAAUAAUUAUCCAUAUUAUCAUUAAAUUUAGAUUCAUAAAACUCAAAACAAAAAUUAAAAACAACUUCCUCUCAUAAUAUUAUUAUUGGAAUUACAUAACAUAAAUUCUUUUAUUCAAAAAUAGAAUUAGUAUAUAUUUUUAAUAUUUUAAUUAGGAAUAAUCUUUUAUAUAAUGCUACUCAGAUGAAAUCACUUCUGAAAUUUAAUUGAAUUAUUCACAUAAGGCUACAAGAUGUAAAACUAAUUUGAAAAAGAAAGAAUGUGAUCUAUUAAAAACUUAUACAAUCUAAUUUGUAGAUCCUAAAGAGUUUGGAGGUAAUAAACAAACAUAUUUUUUAAUUAUAUUAUUAAAUUUAGCAAUAUUGUUACUAUUUAUUUUAUUUAUUGGAUCUUUAAUAUAUCUCUAUAAUAAAUACUAAAUUGAACCCUAAGGAAAAUACGUUUAAUAAAUGCCUGAUGUAACAUCAUAAAAUUGUAAAACUGAUCAUAGCAAUUUUUAAGUUGCAUAAUCAAGCAAAUUAGUGCCUAAUUCUAGAGAUGAUCAAACACCAAUUUCUGAAUAGAGAGAUUAAGUGAAUUAAUAACUUCGUAGUAAUAGACCAGUAACACAAGAAAAUGUUGAUUAAUCUCCUGGACCAUUUGAAAUCAGUUGA